AUGCUCCCUACCCUUUGUCGGAUCCUCCCAAGGAGCUCAGCGCUAGCUAUGCCGUUGGCGGCACGGGCGGUUCCGCUCGCCCGAACAUGGACCCGUUAUUCUCCGGGCCUCGUUCGUCUCGCCUCCACCGCCACCACCUUGCUUCUGAAGAUCGAGAAAUCUGCAAACGCCAGCCCGGCAAACGCCGACAUCCAGCGUUACUUCUACCAGCGUCUUAUGGAACACAACUACCCUCAGAUCGUGGUCCAGAGAUACGAAACUCAAGGCAUCGGCGCCAAUCCAGAAUGUACUCAGCUCUACAUCCAGGCGCUUCAACAAAUGGGACAAACAGCCAAGGCUGAACUGGUGGCAGCACAAAUGGGUGCUACGCCUCAGCUGAACAUGGGCUUUUCCCUGGGAUUUGGCUCUCGGAACGAGCCUGUGCAUGUGGUUGUUUCCGAGUCAAACUUCACCAUCUUGUCCAAAUGGCUCAAGUGGCUUAUACCUAUCGCCUUGUUGACCUACGGGGCGUCUAACGCCUUCAACUUCUUGCUGGAGAACGGCACCAUUUUCAGGUCGUCUGAGGUCACCGACAAGUCCGUCGAUGUGUCCCGCUCUAACGUCCGUUUCAAGGACGUCUGUGGUUGUGACGAGGCACGUGCCGAGCUCGAGGAGAUUGUGGAGUUCUUGAAGGACCCAUCCAAGUUCACCGCUUUGGGUGGUAAGUUGCCUAAGGGUGUGCUCUUGACGGGUCCUCCAGGUACCGGUAAAACCCUUCUUGCUCGUGCUACUGCUGGCGAAGCCGAGGUGCCCUUCUUCUUCAUGUCCGGUUCGGAGUUUGACGAAUUGUAUGUCGGUGUGGGUGCCAAGCGUAUCAGAGAGUUGUUCAACCAGGCCAGAGAGAAGGCUCCUGCCAUUGUUUUCAUUGAUGAGUUGGACGCCAUCGGAGGAAAGCGUAACCCUAAGGACCAAGCCUACGCUAAGCAGACCUUGAACCAGCUUCUUGUGGAGUUGGACGGUUUUUCACAGAGUGAAGGUAUCAUCAUUAUUGGUGCUACUAACUUCCCGCAAUCUUUGGACAAGGCGUUGACCAGACCUGGUCGUUUCGACAAGGAGGUUAUUGUGGAGUUACCUGACGUGCGUGGCCGUGUUGAUAUCUUAAAGCACCACAUGGAGAACGUUGAGACUGCCGACAAUGUUGACCCAAGUAUCAUCGCUAGAGGAACCCCAGGCUUCUCUGGUGCCGAGUUGAUGAACUUGGUCAACCAGGCUGCCGUUCACGCUUCUCAGCUUUCAGCACUUGCCGUUGACAUGAGCCAUUUCGAAUGGGCUAAGGAUAAGAUCUUGAUGGGUGCUGCCAAGAAGAAGAUGGUCAUUACGGAAGAGUCUAGGAAAAACACUGCUUAUCACGAGGCUGGCCACGCUAUCAUGGCCAUGUUUUCUCCAAACGCUACCCCAUUGUACAAGGCUACGAUAUUACCAAGAGGCAGAGCGCUUGGUGUCACAUUCCAGCUUCCAGAGAUGGACAAGACUGACAUGACCAAGAGAGAAUGUUUCUCGAGACUUGAUGUUUGCAUGGGCGGUAAGAUUGCCGAGGAGAUGAUUCACGGUGCCGAUAACGUCACUAGUGGAUGUUCUUCUGACUUGGCUAGCGCCACAGGCAUGGCCAGAGCUAUGGUCACGUCUUAUGGUAUGAGUGACAAGAUUGGUCCCGUCAGGUUGAGUGAUGACUGGGACUCUUGGUCGCCCAAGCUAAAAGAGAUGGCAGACAACGAGGUUCGUACAUUUCUUGUUGAGUCUGAGGAGAGAACAAGACAGAUGUUGAAAGACAAAAAACUCGAGCUUCAAAGGCUCGCAGAGGGCUUGUUGGAGUACGAGACGCUAACUAGAGACGAGAUGGAAAAGGUCGUGAAGGGUGAGUCGAUCAACAAGCCUAAGACGAUGAGUAAUACUAUCGAGGUCAUCAAUGAGCCUGCUCCUAUCCCUGCUGAAGCAUAA